AUGCAGCUGAGCCGCGCCGCCGCCGCCGCCGCCGCCCCAGCUGAGCCCCCCGCGCCGCUGCCCCCUGCGCCGGCCCCGGCCCCCGCCCCCCCCGGCCCCCUCCCGCGCGGCGCGGCCGACGGGGCCCCGGCGGGGGGCACGGGGGGGCCGGGGCGCCGCGCGGAGCCCCCGAGCGCCGCGUUCCCGGCCGCGGGCAUGGACGGCCCCGGGGCCGCCACCGUGGUGGUGCGCGUCGGCAUCCCGGACCUGCAGCAGACGAAGUGCCUGCGCUUCGACCCGGCCGCGCCCGUGUGGGCAGCCAAGCAGCGCGUGCUCUGCGCCCUCAACCACAGUCUCCAGGACGCGCUCAACUAUGGGCUCUUCCAGCCGCCCUCCCGGGGCCGGGCCGGCAAGUUCCUGGACGAAGAGCGGCUGCUGCAGGACUACCCGCCCAACCUGGACACGCCCCUGCCCUACCUGGAGUUCCGAUACAAACGGCGAGUGUAUGCUCAGAACCUCAUUGAUGAUAAGCAGUUUGCGAAGCUCCACACCAAGGCAAACCUGAAGAAGUUUAUGGACUACAUCCAGCUGCACAGCACAGAUAAGGUGGCCCGCCUGCUGGACAAGGGGCUGGACCCCAAUUUUCACGAUCCCGACUCAGGAGAGUGUCCCCUGAGUCUUGCGGCCCAGCUGGACCAUACCACAGACCUGCUGAAGGUGCUGCGUAAUGGCGGGGCUCACCUGGACUUCCGCACCCGCGAUGGGCUCACAGCUGUGCACUGUGCCACCCGCCAGAGAAACGCAGCCGCCCUGACGACUCUGCUGGACCUGGGCGCCUCGCCAGACUACAAGGACAGCCGCGGCCUGACACCCCUGUACCACAGCGCCCUGGGGGGCGGUGACGCCCUCUGCUGUGAGCUGCUGCUCCAUGAUCAUGCGCAGCUGGGGACCACCGAUGAGAACGGGUGGCAGGAGAUCCACCAGGCCUGCCGCUUUGGGCACGUGCAGCACCUGGAGCACCUGCUGUUCUACGGGGCUGACAUGGGCGCCCAGAAUGCAUCGGGGAACACGGCCCUGCACAUCUGCGCCCUCUACAACCAGGAGAGCUGUGCACGCGUGCUGCUUUUCCGUGGGGCCAGCAAGGAUGUACGGAACUACAACAGCCAGACGGCCUUCCAGGUGGCAAUCAUUGCAGGGAACUUCGAGCUGGCAGAGGUCAUCAAGACCCACAAGGACUCUGAUGUUGUACCAUUUAGGGAAACCCCCAGUUAUGCGAAGCGGCGGCGGCUAGCUGGCCCCAGUGGCCUGGCCUCCCCUCGGCCUCUGCAGCGCUCAGCCAGUGACAUCAACCUGAAAGGUGAGGUGCAGCCGGCAGCCUCCCCAGGACCCACGCUGCGAAGCCUUCCCCACCAGCUCCUGCUCCAGAGGCUGCAGGAAGAGAAGGAUCGGGACCGGGACAGUGACCACAAUGAUCUCGGGGGCCUUGUCGUACGCUGGGGUAGUCAGAGCAGGAUCAGCCCGAGCGGGCCCGGCGGCUCCGGCGGCCCGAGCCCCGCGCCCCUCGCGCCCCCCGCGCCCCCCGCGCCGCCGCCGCGCGGCCCGAAGCGGAAACUUUACAGCGCCGUCCCCGGCCGCAAGUUCAUCGCCGUGAAGGCGCACAGCCCGCAGGGAGAGGGCGAGAUCCCGCUGCACCGCGGCGAGGCCGUCAAGGUGCUCAGCAUCGGGGAGGGCGGUUUCUGGGAGGGGACCGUGAAAGGCCGCACGGGCUGGUUCCCAGCUGACUGCGUGGAGGAAGUACAGAUGAGACAGUAUGACACCCGGCAUGAAACCCGUGAGGACCGGACCAAGCGACUUUUCCGCCACUACACGGUGGGCUCCUACGACAGCCUCACGUCCCACAGUGACUAUAUCAUCGACGACAAGGUGGCCAUCCUGCAGAAACGGGACCACGAGGGCUUUGGGUUCGUGCUCCGGGGGGCCAAAGCAGAGACCCCCAUCGAGGAGUUCACGCCCACCCCAGCCUUCCCCGCACUGCAGUACCUGGAGUCGGUGGAUGUGGAGGGUGUGGCCUGGAGGGCCGGGCUGCGUACCGGGGACUUUCUCAUUGAGGUGAAUGGGGUGAACGUUGUGAAGGUUGGCCACAAGCAGGUGGUCGCCCUGAUCCGCCAGGGCGGGAACCGGCUCGUCAUGAAGGUGGUUUCGGUGACUCGGAAGCAGGAGGAGGACGGGGUGCGUCGAAGAGCUCCACCGCCCCCCAAGAGGGCCCCAAGCACGACGCUGACCCUGCGCUCCAAAUCCAUGACAGCGGAGCUCGAGGAACUGGCCUCCAUUCGGAGAAGGAAAGGGGAGAAGCUGGAUGAGAUCCUGGCCGCCGCCGCUGAGCCCACACUGAGGCCAGACAUCGCCGACGCUGACUCGAGGGCUGCCACAGUCAAACAGCGGCCCACCAGCCGGAGGAUCACACCUGCGGAGAUCAGCUCACUGUUUGAGCGCCAAGGCCUCCCAGGCCCAGAGAAGCUGCCGGGCUCCCUGCGGAAGGGGAUUCCACGGACCAAGUCUGUAGGGGAAGAUGAGAAGCUGGCGUCCCUGCUGGAGGGGCGCUUCCCGCGGAGCUCGUCCAUGCAGGACACGGGCCGCGAGGGCCGGGGCAUCCCGCCGCCGCCGCAGACCGCGCCGCCGCCGCCGCCCGCCCCCUACUACCUGGACUCGGGCCCGCCGCCCGCCUUCUCGCCGCCGCCGCCGCCCGGCCGCGCCUACGACACGGUGCGCUCGAGCUUCAAGCCCGGGCUGGAGGCGCGCCUAGGCGCAGGGCUGUACGACGCGGGCGCGGCGCCGGGCGCGCUGCCCUACCCCGAGCGGCAGCGGCGCGCGCGCUCCAUGAUCAUCCUGCAGGACGCGGCGGCCGAGCCCGGCGACCCGCGCGUCGGCCAGGCCACCCCGCCCGAGCGGCCCCGCCGCCGGCCGCGCGCCCCCGGCCCCGACAGCCCCUACGCCAACCUGGGCGCCUUCAGCGCCAGCCUCUUCGCGCCGUCCAAGCCGCAGCGCCGCAAGAGCCCGCUGGUGAAGCAGCUGCAGGUGGAGGAUGCGCAGGACCGCGCCGGCCUCGCCGUGGGCAGCCCGGGGCCCAUGGGCGGCAGCUUCGCGCGCGACCCUUCCCCGACGCACCGCGGCCCGCGCCCUGGCGGCCUCGACUACCCGGGGGACGGCCCCGCGCUGGGUUUCAGCGGCCCCAAAGACCGGCGGCUGGAGGAGCGGCGCCGUUCCACGGUCUUCCUGUCGGUGGGCGCCGUGGAGGGCAGCCCCCCGCCCACCGCCGAGCUGCCCUCGCUGCAGCCCUCCCGCUCCAUCGACGAGAGGCUCCUGGGACCCGGGCUCGCGCCCACCCGGGACCUGCUGCUGCCCUCACCCGUGUCUGCCCUGAAGCCACUGGUCAGCAGCCCCAGCCUGAGCCCAUCCGGCUCCACCUUCAUCCACCCGCUCACCGGAAAGCCCCUGGACCCCAGCUCGCCGCUGGCCCUGGCCCUGGCUGCCCGUGAGCGAGCUCUGGCCUCACAGGCCUCAUCCCGGGCUCCCACUCCCGUGCACAGCCCUGAUGCCGACAGGCCAGGGCCGCUGUUUGUGGAUGUCCAGCCCCGCGACCCCGAGCGAGGAGUGCUGGCCUCCCCCGCCUUCUCCCCAAGGAGCCCGGCAUGGGUCCCUGUGCCCACGCGCCGGGAGCCUGAGAAAGCACCGCGUGAGGAGCGGAAGUCCCCCGAUGACAAGAAGGCGAUGAUCCUCAGCGUCCUCGACACGUCCCUGCAGCGGCCCGCCGGCCUCAUUGUAGUGCACGCCACCAGCAAUGGGCAGGAGCCCAGCGGGCUGGGGCCCGAAGAGGCCCGUCCGGGCACUCCUGAGCUAGCCCCAGCGCCCGCCCAAUCGGCGGUGGUGGCAGAGCCCCUGCCCAGUCCCCGGGCCCAGCCCCCAGGAAGCACACCAGUGGUGGACCCCGGGCCAGGGCAGGGCAGCUCCGAGGAGGAGCCUGAGCUGGUCUUCGCCAUGAACCUGCCGCCCGCCCAGCUGUCCUCCAGCGAUGAGGAGACCCGAGAGGAGUUGGCCCGGAUCGGGCUGGUGCCGCCCCCCGAAGAGUUUGCCAACGGCGAGCUCAUGGCCUCCCCGCUCCCCGGCCCAGGCCCCUCAUCCACGCCCGGGCCGAGCCCCGCCCCAGGGAAGCCCAGCAGCGAGCUGCCCCCGGCGCCAGAGUCAGCCGCGGACUCUGGGGUAGAGGAGGCCGACACACGCAGCUCCAGCGACCCACACCUGGAGACCACGAGCACCAUCUCCACCGUGUCCAGCAUGUCCACCCUGAGCUCCGAGAGCGGGGAGCUCACGGACACCCACACCUCCUUCGCGAAUGGACACACUUUUCUCCUCGAGAAGCCGCCAGUGCCUCCCAAGCCCAAGCUGAAGCCCCCGCUGGGGAAGGGGCCGGUGGCCUUCAGGGACCCGCUGCUGAAGCAGCCCUCUGACAGCGAGCUCAUGGCCCAGCAGCACGCCGCCACCGCCGGGCCCGCUCGCCCUCGCUACCUCUUCCAGAGAAGGUCCAAGCUAUGGGGGGACCCCGUGGAGAGGACACUCUCUGGGUCCGAUGAUGACAAGCCAACUGUGAUCAGCGAGCUGAGCUCCCGCCUGCAGCAGCUGAACAAGGACACCCGCUCCCUGGGGGAGGAGCCGGCCGGCGGCCUGGGUGGCUUGCUCGACCCGUCUAAGAAGUCGCCCAUCGCUGCAGCUCGGCUCUUCAGCAGCCUCGGUGAGCUGAGCACCAUCUCAGCGCAGCGCAGCCCAGGGGCCCCGGGCGGGGCCUCCUACCCGGUGCGGCCGAGCGGCCGUUACCCCAUGGCGCGGCGCGCCCCGAGCCCGGUGAAGCCCGCGUCGCUGGAGCGGGUGGAGGGGCUGGGGGCGGGCGCGGGGGGCGUGGGACGGCCCUUCGGCCUCACCCCUCCCACCAUCCUCAAGUCGUCCAGCCUCUCCAUCCCGCACGAGCCCAAGGAGGUGCGCUUCGUGGUGCGCAGCGUCAGCGCGCGCAGCCGCUCGCCCUCCCCGUCGCCGCUGCCCUCGCCCGCCCCGGGCCCGGGCGCCCCCGGUCCGCGGCGCCCCUUCCAGCAGAAGCCGCUGCAGCUCUGGAGCAAGUUCGACGUGGGCGACUGGCUGGAGAGCAUCCACCUGGGUGAGCACCGCGACCGCUUCGAGGACCACGAGAUCGAGGGCGCGCACCUGCACGCGCUCACCAAGGACGACUUCGUGGAGCUGGGCGUCACGCGCGUGGGCCACCGCAUGAACAUCGAGCGCGCGCUGCGGCAGCUGGAUGGCAGCUGACGCCCCUCCCGCGCCCUGCGGGCAGGGCCCCCCACCCCGGGCCGCCGGCUCGGCCCGCCCCGGGCCAGGAAUGUUGCAUGAACCGUCCUUUGCCGUAGCUCGGAGACUUGCCCUGUACAUUGCUUAGCGCCCUCCCUGGCUGGCCAGAGCCCCCAGCACACGGUCAGGAAGGGUGCGGGCGGGAGGCGGAGCAGAGUGGGUGGGCUGGGGUGUUCUGGCCUGACCACCUCCCACACAGCUCCUGGUGGCCACUCUCCCAGAGGGGGGGAUCUAGUCCAGCAUGCGAGGUCAGGACACACCUUGUUGACUCGGGGGGAGGGGGGAGACACUAGGGUUCUUGGUUGGGGGCCAAGGAGCCCCCUGUUUUGCAUAUUUUAAUCCACUCUAUAUUUGGAACAAGAAAAGGAACAAAUAUCUCUGUCCUUAAUAGCUUCCCUUUCCCUCCUCUCCAGCACCCUCUGGUUUCCGCUGCGGCUGCCCAGUCUUCCAUCUCUGGCCCCUCACUGCCACUGCCACCCCACAUGGGGCGGGGGACGCUCCAGCUGGUCUGGGGUUGGCCAGGGUCCCGGUACCCCGCCCUGGGGCCCCAGCUCGGCCCCCUCCUCGCGCUGAGCUAUCCUGUGCCCCUCAGACUCCUCAGGUGCUGCGUGGAGGAGGGGUGGCCGUGUCCUACUGGACACUAGCAAGGGCAGGUGGCUGGGAGACCCUUGUCAGGGAAGCAGGGCCCUACACCUGCACCGGCCAUUGCCCCCACCCCCAGGGCCCUCCCCAUACAAGGAGCAACAGCAGCAGAGAAGCGUCCCUGCCCGGGCCUGGAGCCUGGGGAUUCUGGCCCGAGUGUGCACACAUGAGUGUGAAUCUGGUGCCCCGGGAACCUGUGUGUGCACACUUGAGUGAAACCUGGUGUCCUGGGACCCUGUGUGUGCACACAUGUGUGAGAUCUGGUGCCCCGGGAUCCCCUGUGUGCACAUGUGAGUAAAGUCUAGUGCCCUGUGAGCCUGUGUGUGCACACGUGAGUGUGAGACUUGGUGCCCCGGAAGCCUGUGUGUGCACGUGUAAGUGUGAAUCUGGUGCCCUGGGAGCCCACGUGUGUGUGCACCCAUGACUGUGAGGCCUGGUGCCCCCGGAGCCUGUGUGUGCACACGUGAGUGAAGCCUGGUGCCCCGGGAGCCUGUGUGUGUGUCUGUAUGUGCACACGUCUGUGUGAAGCCAGGUGUCUGCUUGUGCCUGUGCAGAGAGCGGCCCCCAGGCCUGCUCCGGAUGAGUGCUCGGGGUGUGUGCAUGGGUAUGCGCCUGAGACAGUGCCACAUAUCCACUCCAAAGAGUCAGGGGCCGUCCUGCACCCUGGGGCCUGCUGUUGCCCAUCUGGAGCGGCCUCCUCAGGGGAGUUGCUUGGGAGAGCCCCCAGGCCUUGGAGGCAGUGACACCCCCUUGGGCUCCUGAGGGUGUCAUCGGGGACCCCUAAGUCAAGCUUACCACAAGCCCUGCGGAGAGGCCAAGACCCCUGAGGGCCCCUCAGCCCCCUUACUGUGACUCCUCACGCUCAGCAAUGUCUGUGAGUGGGGGCUGGGAUGUUUUUAAACCUGGGGUUUGGAGUCCGGACCAAGCUCCAUCCACGUCACUCAAGUUUCUGUUUCUAUUUCUAGCUUUUUUUAAUAAAAAAAAAAACCUGAAAACAAGUUUUCACAGCCCAGGGGCUUGGCACGCCGGUCUGUGCCCCCUAGCCGCCCUGCCCAGCCCACGGGCCCGCUCCUCUGGGCAGAGUCCCCGACAGACCAGGUCCCACAUGCGCCUACGACAGGCUGCCACACAGUCUCACUCACCUGUGGGGUUCGGUUCCGUUCCAUUUGGGUUUUUAACUUCACAGGGUCAGUCCCGCUUUUCCCCUCCUUUUGUAUGGAGUCCAUGGGGGAUUUUCCCCUCUCCAGUCCCAAGGCCUCCUGACCCUGCCGUUGUGAUACACCCCACAGAGAUCUAUGUUUCUUAUACUAUUAUUAUUAUUGAUAAUUAUAAUAUUAUUAUGUAAUAAAUUUAUAAGAAAUGAA